AUGGCUGUCCCGGUCUUUUGCAACGUCUGCUUCUGUGAGCCCCGCAAGCCCACCCCACGGUUCAGCCUCACAAGCUGCGGCCAUGUUAUCUGUGAGAUCUGCCUCCAGAAAGGCAAAAAAGGUGAAUGUUUGAUCUGUAGAACUCCUUGUCGUACAUUAGUCCUUUCAAAACAGACAAAUCCUGAUAUUCAAUCACUGUUCAUGGGAAUAGAUACGUUAUGCAAGAAAUAUUCAAAAGAAAUAACACAGAUUUCAGAAUUUCAAGAAAAACAUCGUAAACAUUUAUUAGCAUACCACAGACAAAAGACGGUAAAGUUGGAAGAAUCUCUCAAGAAAGUAACACAACAAAUGCAUCAGAUACAACGUAUUAAACCUCCUGAACAAACUACACAACUACCGUUUUCCAGUACAAGUAGAAAUCCACUUUCCAUUCCUUCAAGAAAACAGAAUGGUUAUUCUUCAUGUUCUCUUCAUCAUUCCACUUCUGAAAUAAUGGAGUCAAUGGAGAUUGAUCCUGUACCUUCACCAAUGAGGAAACCUGAGACACCAACCGGUCCAACAAGAUUAUCAUUAAUAACCCCACCGCAAGAUGGACGUAUGGGUAGUGUAUCCUACAGAAGUUCUCAGUCAUCUGGAAUAAUGUCAAGUCAAAAUAGUAGAGCAGGAUCUGCAAGAUCCACACCUAUAAAACUACCACAUAGCGGAUGUUCACUUACAUCAUCAUCUGGAUCACAAAGUAGUAGAAGGGGGUCACGGACUACUUCCGAUUUCAGAACUCCUCAGUUGUAUACAUUUACGUCACCUUCCCCACAGUCAUCUGUAACAAGACAUCCAAUCACCAUCUCUGGACUUCUGCAAAGACAACAUUUAGGAUCGACUAAUUUUGGAGGACAUUCAACAGAAAGAUAAGCAAACAUCUGUGAAUUGCUUUGGUCAACAAGCAUCUGGAGAAGCCCUACACAAUCUUUGGAUAUCAAAGUAUUUGUAAUUCCUAUAAAAUGUCAAAUGGGCAUAAACCAGCUAACUA